ACAGUGAAUCAGAUGGUUCUCAUUCUAGCCACCGCACUUGUGAGAUAGGUAGUUAGUUGCCCAUUGCCGACUAUCCGACGGGAGCGAGAGUGCAUGUGAAACAGCGAGAGAAAAGAUUGAGCGAGAAGUAGAAACAAAACGUAAAGGGUGAGACAGAGAGUGAGGAAAAUAAGAAACUUAAGAAACUAUGGCCGUGUCAGCAACUCCGCCGGUGCUUUCCCCAACAUCUAAUCCGGGGGCUGGCAGUUUAUUCCGCUCCGAUCCGCUGUAUACAAGCCCGGCCGAGUCCCCGAGAUUGACAAGCAGCUUGAUCAACUCUUUCAUCAGCAGCGGAGGAGGCGGUGGAGGAGGAAAUGGAAACGGCACAAGCGGCAAUAACGAGUGCAAAAUGGUUGAGGUGCACGGGGUCAAGGUAGCCUCGUUCAACGUGGACGGUCAAGAACUCAUCUGCCUGCCGCAGGUCUUCGACCUCUUCCUGAAACAUCUGGUCGGAGGGCUGCACACCGUCUACACCAAGCUGAAGCGGCUGGAUAUAUGCCCGGUCGUGUGCACGGUGGAACAGGUCCGAGUUCUGCGCGGGCUUGGGGCUAUUCAGCCCGGGGUGAAUCGCUGCAAACUCAUCACCCGCAAGGACUUCGAAGCGCUGUACAACGACUGCACCAAUGCCAGAGCGUGGGCCCAAAUGUGAGACUAGUUUGGGGAAAUCAUUCAAGUCUGGCAGCGGAGCGUUGGAAAACAGCAAACGGUCUCAGUCCGUCUGCAGCCUCAGUUCCUUUAACUUCGCUCUGACUCCUCGUCCACGGCUGGAGCAAAACGGAAAAASCCGCUGCCAAGAUACAUGAAAAACACACCAUGCAAAAUGAAAAUAUGUUGACAAGAUACAUCAAAUCCUUUUAGACGUUACAAAAUGUGUCCAAUCUAUUGAACUUUGACAUCUGAAUGAUUUGACUUCACGUAAUUGUCGUAUAUGUGUACAGCUUAUGCAUUUGGUAUUUUUCCUAGUAAAUGGAUAACAAACCGAUAUGAGUUUAUUAACUGAAGUACACACUGUUUUACCGCGCUCAAUAAAACCACGACUAAUUGAGGACACACUGGAGGAAGUUAUCUCAACAUCAUAACUCACUUUGAAAGUCCUGUUGUACCAGUUUCCGUUUUGUCUUCGUCUCUGCACUGCAGAUACAAAAUGAACACACUGGAAGAUAAAAGACACUCUUUGAGGCCACUCCUGUGAUUUUAAUUAAAUAGGGGUCAUGUGUAUAGUCCACCUCCCACGUUUU